AUGGGUGACCUCGUGGGACUAGACAACCUGGUGGCAAACACGGCCUACCUAAAGGCUCAGCAGAUAGAUCGCAAUGAGCUGAAAAAGAAGAGAGCCUCCCUGACGCUGCCCAAACCAAAUAAGUCCUCUGCUCUGCGGGCAGCAGCAGAGGAACAGUACGAGUCACUGUGUGAGCAGCAGCCUAUUGGAAGGAAGUUGUUCCAGCAGUUUCUCCUUGCCUCGAAUUCACAGUAUGUGGCUGCUGCUGAGUUCUUGGAGGAGCUGAGUGACAUGACCUUUGCCGAAGCGGAAACCAGAGAGACGGCCAAAUGGAGAGUCCUUGCCAAGUACUGUCAACCUGAGUCCAGGAGUUUUCUCUCUUACCUAACAGGAGAGGCUGCUGAAGGAUGCAAGAAGUUAUCAGACGAGAACUUUGACGAUGCGGUGGUGAGCAAGAUAAGAGAAGCCACACGGGACUUCCUGAAAGGCAAACCUUUCUCUGAAUACCUGGAAAGCAUCUACUUUUAUAGGUUUCUGCAGUGGAAGGAGUAUGAGAAACAGACGAUCACUGACAAAUACUUUUAUGAGUUUCGGAUAUUGGGAAAAGGUGGCUUUGGUGAGGUGUGUGCGGUGCAGGUGAAACACACAGGCCAGAUGUACGCCUGCAAGAAGCUGGAUAAGAGGCGCUUGAAGAAGAAAGGUGGCGAGAGGCUGGCCCUUGUGGAGAAGGAGAUCCUGGAGAAGGUCAACAGCCUUUUCAUCGUAAACCUGGCCUACGCUUACGACAACAGUACCCACCUGUGCCUGGUCAUGGACCUCAUGAAUGGAGGAGACCUCAGGUUCCAUAUCUACGACCUUGGGAAGCGGGGCAUCCGUAUGGAUCGUGUUGUUUAUUAUGCGGCCCAGAUAACCACCGGGAUCCUCCACCUGCACUCGAUGGACAUUGUGUACCGUGACCUGAAGCCUGAGAAUGUGCUGCUGGACAGUAAAGGCCAGUGUCGGCUGUCAGACCUCGGAUUGGCUGUUGAGCUGCCAAAGGGCAAAAUGAUUUGCCAGAAGGCCGGUACGUCAGGUUACAUGGCUCCUGAGAUACUGAGGCAAGAGAAUUACCGCAUGUCUGUGGACUGGUGGGCUCUGGGCUGCAGCGUCUAUGAGAUGGUGGCUGCCCGUUUGCCUUUUAAAGACUUCAGAGAAAAGGUGCAGAAUGACGAGGUGACCCGCCGCACUCUGGAGGAUGAGUGCAAGUUUGACCACAAUUGCUUUGAUUCUCCCACCAAAGAUAUCAUCAGCCGGCUUUUGAAGAAGAGAGUGCACCAACGCCUUGGGUGCCGUGGUGACCCACGAAACCACGUGUUUUUCAAGAGCAUCGAUUUCCAUCGUCUGGACGCAGGGCUGGUGGAGCCCCCCUGGGUGCCAAAGUCCAACGUGGUCUACGCCAAGGACACAGACGAGUUCAAGGUCACCUCUGAGGUCAAUGACAUUAAGCUCGAUGCCAAGGAUGAGAAAUUCUUCAGGGAGUUCAGCACAGGCGCAGUCUCCAUCCAGUGGCAGAAGGAGAUGAUUGACUGCGGGUUGUUCGAUGAACUGAAUGACCCCAAACUGAGCAGCCAUGAUCGUGAAGCUGUAUGGAGAUCCAGGACGUGCAUCAUUUUGUAAGCAACUCAACUACUCACCAAUAUGGGAAAAACAACACUCCUUUUGAACACUUGAAAACAUGCAAAUGUCCUUUGAUUUAAUUCGUCUUACAGAUAUGAAGUGCCCGCUAUAACGCUAUACACUAAGCACCUUAAGUACCAACAGCUUUGCCUUUUGCCUUAAGCCUUUUGCCUUAAUCUUUCUAAGAAGAAUCAUCUUGGAAGUUAGAGUCAAACAUGAUGGGACAUCUGUCUCGGUGGUAAAAUAAAACCAUUGCUGCUUUCAGAAUCAUGCCCGGAUGGUAACACAUGCUGACAUUGUGCCGCUGCUUCAUACUUUGCCCUCUAUUCCUGGUGAGACAGCAGAUCCCAGUGCGUUCAUAGUUUCCAUUACAUCACUCGGCCAUUUUGGCAGGCUUAAGUGUUUACACGUGUUUGUAAACAAGCUGCAUACUGGCUGUGUGUCACUGAAUAGCAGCAGAAUUAUGAUCAGUAUUUGCAGUGAUGCGACACACCGGUUUGAAAGAGUUAAGUGUCACAUAAGAUGCCAUGAAGGCCUUUUGCUCAUGUGAGUGGACCCACCGCAUGUGACCUCAGUGCCACAGACUGAUGUCUCUCAGUAGCAGACAUUCACCACUAAGUGCCGCCAGACACCCGUGAAGUGCAUUCAACCUCCCGCAGCACUGUUCAUCAUCACCAUCCCCCAUUAGCCUGGCUGUGCUGCUCAGGUAUUUACAAGCACUGGAUGACUCGUUCAGCUUUACCAAGGGGAUGCAGGGAGACAAACUGUCCUACUUUCCCGCUAAAAAAAAAGAUAUUAACAGCUUUAACGAGGCAUUGCCAACCCCCUUUAUUGCUCCCCAAAUCAUCUUGUGUUUACAGGCAAUACAUAACAUAAUUAAAAGAUGUGAACUACUUACAGCAUAGCAACAACAAACAACAUCGCUUGUUUCUGAAAACCUAAUCUAUGCAGCCUUCACAGAAGGUUACUUCUUGUAUCCAUAUAUGGAUCCUGCUGCAUGAUAGCAGAACAUUUAUCUCCAAUUGCUGUUAAUAAAUAUUGUAAGUAUUGCAUAAUCUUGGAUUUUUCAGCCCCUGAUGGACAACAGUGAUUACAGUCAAAACAAACACUACUACAGCUUUUACUUGAGGGAACUUCUUCAUUUUCAGGUGUUUUUUCAAACAUUUUUGCCUUGAUUUGAUAGCGAGCAACAAAGAUCCUUGUCUGGACUCGAACCAGAGGCGUUGCAAUGAAAUGAUCAACAUCUUAGAUCUCCGGGCCACCCAGGUGUCUUUUUUUCUGACUCAGAUGACUGAUUUUACCCGUGUCCAGCCUUAAAUAACAAUGUACUCAAAGCAUGUCCGUGCCAAUCAAAUUUUGUAAUAUUUAAAUGUAAUUUUGUAAUUUAAUAUUUAUUUUUCAAUUCUUUA